AUGAAAAACCAUACGGGAGUGACAACCUUUAUUCUUCUUGGACUAACAAGUGAUCCACAAUUACAGGUGGUUAUUUUUUUCCUCCUUUUUUUCACCUAUAUGUUGAGUGUUACGGGCAAUCUGACCAUCAUCGCCCUCACCCUACUGGAUUCUCAUCUCAAGACACCCAUGUAUUUCUUCCUCCGAAAUUUCUCAUUUUUAGAAAUUACAUUCACUACUGUCUGUAUUCCCAAAUUUCUUGUCAGCAUGGCCACGGGCAAUAAGACUAUUUCUUAUAACGAUUGUGCAGCCCAACUGUUUUUCACUAUUCUCUUAGGAGCAACUGAAUUUUUCCUUCUGGCCGCCAUGUCCUAUGACCGCUAUGUGGCUAUCUGCAAACCCUUGCAUUACAUGAGCAUCAUGAGUCGCAGAGUCUGCAAUGUGCUGGUCUUUGCUUCCUGGUUGUCUGGUUUCCUCAUCAUCUUUCCACCACUCCUGAUGGGCCUCCAGCUUGAUUUCUGUGCAGCCAACACUGUAGAUCACUUCUUCUGUGAUGUAUCUCCCAUCCUUCAACUCUCCUGCACAGAUACGGAUGUAAUAGAAUUAAUGAUGCUCAUUUCAGCCAUUUUGACACUUCUGGUUACGCUGGUCUUAGUGAUUCUCUCUUACGCAAACAUCCUCAGAACAAUUCUAAGAAUCCCUUCUGCUCAACAGCGGAAGAAAGCCUUUUCUACUUGUUCUUCCCAUAUGGUGGUCGUGUCCAUUUCUUAUGGCAGCUGCAUUUUCAUGUAUGUGAAACCCUCUGCCAAGGAACGAGUCUCUUUAAACAAAGGCAUCGCGCUCCUCAGCACUUCAGUGGCACCCAUGCUGAAUCCUUUCAUCUACACACUGAGAAACAAACAAGUGAAAGACGCUUUGAAGCGCAUGGCCAAAAGGAUUGAAGUUUUCUCUGUGAAGUGA